UUGCGUUAUUAUAUAAACAGCCAACUUCCUCACGAAAUCUUACACCAAAACACACAAAGCUUCCAUUUAUUAAGAGAUACAUAUUUUAUAUAUAUUCAUCACAAGGAGAAAGAAACAAUGGCGUCUUCAAGCGUGAAGACCAUUCCAAUGGCGAUCCCAAGCUUCUCCAUGUGCCACAAGCUCGAGCUCCUCAAGGAAGGCCAAAGCCGCGACCCGAAACACGGAGGAGAUGAUGAAGGGCUAACCUACGAGUUCCAAGAGAUGUUGGACUCUCUUCCAAAGGAGAGGGGAUGGAGAACUCGUUACCUUUACCUGUUCCAAGGGUUUUGGUGCCAAGCCAAGGAGAUUCAAGCUAUCAUGUCCUUCCAAAAACAUUUCCGGUCCCUUCCUAACGACGUCGUUCUCGCUACCAUACCUAAAUCCGGUACUACCUGGUUAAAAGCUUUAACUUUUACCAUCCUUAACCGUCACCGGUUUGAUCCGGUUUCCUCAACCACCAACCACCCUCUUCUCACAUCCAACCCUCAUGACCUCGUACCUUUCUUCGAGUACAAGCUUUACGCUAACGGAGCUGUUCCCGAUCUUUCGGGUCUGGCUAGACCCAGAACAUUCGCAACACACGUCCCUUUCGGUUCCCUCAAGGAUUCAAUCGAGGAACCUGGUGUGAAGGUCGUGUACUUGUGCCGGAACCCGUUUGACACAUUCAUCUCCUCGUGGCAUUUUAUCAACAACAUCAAAUCCGAGACAGUGAGCCGAGUCUUGUUAGAUGAAGGGUUUGAUCUGUACUGCCGAGGAGUGAUCGGUUUUGGCCCCUUCUGGGAACACAUGUUGGGGUACUAUAGAGAGAGCUUAAAGAGACCAGAGAAAGUGUUCUUUCUAAAGUACGAGGAUCUCAAAGAAGACAUCGAGACUAACUUGAAGAAGCUUGCAAGUUUCUUGGGACUUCCUUUCACCAAAGAAGAGGAACAAAAGGGAGUUGUGAAGGCUAUCGCUGACCUGUGUAGCUUCGAGAAUCUGAAGAAGUUGGAAGUGAACAAGUCAAAGAAAUCGAUCAAGAACUUUGAGAACCGAUUCUUGUUUAGGAAAGGAGAAGUGAGUGAUUGGGUUAACUAUUUGUCGCCUUCACAAGUGGAAAGAUUGUCAGCCUUGGUGGAUGACAAGUUAGGUGGAUCUGGUCUCACAUUCAGGUUGAGCUAAAUCGAAGGCCACGUGCCACAUCUAUAGUCUUGUUGAUUCUGAGGGGCCUAUAAGUUAAGCCAGUAGUUGUAUUGUUUGUUACAGAAUGAAGCAAUUAACGUCCACAAUAUAGUUUGUCGUUUUUUUUUUGUUUGCGAGUUUUAUUUUAAUAAAUAUCGUUUGUGUUUGCCAUUUAUGUUUUUAUUUGUACUAGAUUAUUAUUUUUCAUGGGUGUUAACUGAAUGUAUUGACAAAUAUAAAUAUAUAAAUAUAAAUGUGUGUCUGUAUUUCAUAGAUA